CUGUCUAUAUUGACAUUUGAGGAAAUUGGAUUAUUACAAAAUGAUCCUGUGAUAUUGGUGUUUGAUGUAAAAAUGUGGUUUCAAAUAACACUCCCAACCAUAUUCUUUCUAAUUUUACAAAUAACGCAGAAAAAUGCGAAGCCGACAGAUGAAGAAUGCAACAGCAUAACAUCAUGUUCGUCGUGUUUAUCAAAAAGUUUCUGCGUGUGGUGCGUAAAUAAAGGGAAAUGCACAAGGCAGUCCUGUGGAAGCGAUAACCACAUACAUCCGAAAAAUGUAGCUGACGCUCUCAUGUCGGGGCCCAAAUUUUGUCCGAGGGUCAUUGAAUCAGAAAAACAAAUGACCUUCGCCAGCGGCAAAAGAGAAAACAUCGUUGUGAAAAUAACGCAGAUACAUAUCUACAUGGCAUUUACACCGUGGAAAUGCAAAAUUGAGGUGGACGGGAAAGAGAUGGGGGUCAACGCCCUCCUGAUUGCUGACGAGGUGUAUUGCGAAGCUGUGGAACUUAUCAACGACACUGACAAUGCGUAUGUAAAUGGACAUGUGCAGAUAUUUUGGGAAUACACCAAGGCGUUUGAUGGACUACGAACGUUUAGAGUAUGUAGCUGUGAUUUAGACCCUACUUGUGAAUCUUGUAAAUAAAACAUUAAAAUUAACAAAACGAAAACCUGAUUGUUACUUAAGUAUCUUAAAAUAAACAUAAUCAGGAAGCA